AUGCUAUUCUCUGGCUGUCCAUUUUCUGAUUGCUUGUCAUUCUCUGGCUGUCCAUUUUCUGAUUGCUUGUCUUUCUCUGCCUGUCCAUUUUCUGAUUGCUUGUCAUUCUCUGCCUGUCCAUUUUCUGAUUGCUUGUCAUUCUCUGCCU